UUUAAGUCUAUAAAUAAUUAAAAAAAAAUACAGUAAUUUCGCGUAUACUUUAAUAUUAAUUAAUCAGUAAUAUUAAAUAGUGUGGAAACAAUUUUAACACUUCCUCGGCUGAGACAAUGUGGACCCCAGUACUCAGUACUCCACAAUAAACGGCGUCGUCUGGAGCCACUCUUCCUUACUGGACCAGAUUUUUUAGCCGGGCUCGCGGUGUAUUCAGCUUCAAUGUUCAACUUUCCGCAGUAGAGCGUAUCAUGCGAAGGGUUUAUGAGUUUUGCUUGCAGAUAAACCCUGAGCUAACAUCCAUAUCCUCGUCGGCACCAGUUGCAGCCUGAAAAUACUACUCGACCGAAGCUCACACAGGUGAGUCUAUGUUAUCUAUCUCCCUCCAAAAUUCUCUCUUUCUGGAACUUUUUCUCGAGUAGUUUCGAUUUUUUCCAGUAUCUCUUUUUGGAUUCCGAAAAUAGUUAGAUGGAUACACAUAUGUUGUUUCCUUCGCCCAAAGCCUCUUCGUUUACUUCUUUACCAUUCUUUAUAUCAAAUAAAUUUCCUUUGCUGGAAAAACCAAUGCCUUUUGUGAAACCCCACCACUCCGCUCUAACGGUUUCGGUAGAAAGGUCGCAAUUUUUGGGGACGAGUUUGCUCUUGUCUCGUGAAAAUGUUAACUUGGUUAAUCUCAGAAAAGUUCAUCCCCUGCCUGGCCCAAUAAGAGCGGCAGUGAAGAGAAGGAAAGAAAUUCCCUUUGACAAUGUGAUACAAAGGGACAAGAAGCUCAAAUUGGUGCUAAAGAUAAGGAAUAUUCUUGUUAGUCAACCCGAUCGAAUUAUGUCGCUUCGGCAGCUGGGUAAAUUUAGAAGAGAAUUAGGUCUGCAAAAAAAGCGGCGGUUUAUUGCAUUGUUGAAGAAAUUCCCGGCAGUUUUUCAGAUUAUGGAGGAGGGAGUUUACUCUCUGAAAUUUAAAUUAACACCAGAAGCUGAACGGCUUUAUAUUGAGGAGUUGAAGAUUAGAAAUGAAAUGGAGGAUUUGUUAGUUGUGAAGCUGAGGAAAUUGUUGAUGAUGUCACUGGAAAAGCGGAUAUUGUUGGAGAAGAUUGCCCAUCUGAGGACCGAUUUGGGACUCCCACAUGAAUUUCGUGAAACAAUUUGUCAUCGGUAUCCACAAUACUUCAGAGUUGUUGCAACUGAGCGAGGCCCUGCGCUGGAAUUAACUCAUUGGGAUCCAGAGCUUGCUGUUUCAGCUGCUGAGCUAUCUGAAGAAGAAAAUCGAAUGAAAGAACUAGAAGAAAAUUUAAUUAUAGACAGGCCUCCCAGAUUCAACCGAGUAAAGCUACCUAAGGGUCUUCAUCUGUCAAAGGGUGAGAUUAGGAAGUUAAUGCAGUUCAGAGACAUACCUUACAUAUCACCAUACUCAGAUUUCUCAGGGCUUAGGCCUGGGUCUCGGGAGAAAGAGAAGCAUGCCUGUGGAGUUGUUCAUGAGAUUUUGAGCCUCACUCUUGAGAAACGAACCCUUGUUGAUCACCUUACUCAUUUUCGAGAGGAAUUCAGAUUCUCUCAGCAGCUAAGAGGGAUGCUGAUCAGGCAUCCUGAUAUGUUUUACGUCUCUUUGAAAGGAGACAGGGAUUCUGUGUUUCUGAGGGAAGCUUAUCGUGAUUCACAGUUGAUAGAGAAGGACCGAUUCUUGCUUAUAAAGGAAAGGCUUCGUUCUUUGGUUGCUGUUCCACGAUUUCCCAAGAGUGGUGCUCCCAAUACAGACAAAGAUGGAAGGGAAGAGACUGAUGACAGGGAAGAUGAAAGUGGUGAAGAGGGGAAUGAGUGGUCAGAUGCUGAAAACUUCCUGAGUGAUGAUGGAUUUGAUGACGAUGACGAUAAUGACGGCGAAGAUGAUUGGAGCGAUGAAGAUGAUGACAUGCCCCCAGAUUUUGACGAGGAUGAUGGAAGUUUGGAGAUUGGACUGAAAAAACAAAUUAAACAAGAAGAAAAGUCAACACCUAAAGAUGAAGAGAUGCUUGUGCCUGCACUACCUGAUGGUCGUCCCAGAGAACGCUGGUAAACCUCAGAAGAGCUUGCAUGCUUUGUUUUGUGUGACUCGAGGCAUCGGCUUCUUAACCUUCUUUUGAACGCACUGAGAAACAAUAUAUGCAUUUGGCCUAGAGUUUGAUCUCACUACCUUGGAAGAAUAUCCUUCAUGUUAUCAAUAGAGCGAGAUCCUUCAUAGCUCAUCUACAGUUCCUUGUUGUGUUCUGUAAACAUGAAAAACAGCUGAUAUUACUUUGAGAUCAGAAAAGAAUGCUCAAUCAAGCUCUUCUAGUUACUUUUAUUAACUUGAUGAAUAUCUGCAACUUCCGUUCCUGUAUAAUAGAUUGAUAAUGUAAACAUUGCUAUCUUUAUAAUAUAUAUUUUGCAUUUAUCGGGGAAAA